AUGGCCACUGAAGAGGUUAACAAACCUCAAUCACUUCCUCCAUACCCCGAGAUAAUAUUGAAAGCACUUGAAGCUCUGGAUGAACCUAGUGGAUCCAGCAAAUCAGCAAUAUCAAAGUACAUAGAAUCGACCUAUGGUGAGUUGCCAGACUCAACUGUUUUGGGGAAUCAACUGAACAAGAUGAAAGAGAGUGGAGAGCUUGUGUUCAAUAAGAACAACUACAUGAAGGCUGACCCAAGUGCCCCACCAAAGAGGGGCCGUGGAAGGCCACCAAAGCCAAAGACCCCUUUGCCACCAGGCACCGUUGUGUCCCCUCCAAGGCCAAGGGGUCGUCCUCCAAAGGACCCAAAUGCCCCUCCAAAGUCCCCCAAGCCUAAGGCCACCCCUGGAAGUGGCAGGCCAAGGGGUAGACCAAAGAAGAUUUCUCGCUCACCAUCGGCGACGGCGGCCCCGGGCGCCGUCUCCAGCGGAAGGCCCAGAGGUAGGCCUCCCAAGGUGAAGCCUCAGUUGACAGAAGUCAGUGUUGAGUCAUAG